UCAAGGGUUCAAGGAGCAGUACGACGGUUUGACUUCUCCACCGUCCGUCCGUACCCACCUCCGCCCAGGAAGGAGGCAGCCGGUGCGCGAGUCUGCCGGAAUGGCCGGAGCUUCGUCUCCGGCGGCCAUCACCUGCCGAGCGGCGGUGGCGUGGGCGCCGGGGCGGGCGCUGGUGAUGGAGGAGGUGGAGGUGGCGUCGCCGGAGGCCAUGGAGAUCCGCGUCAGGGUCGUCUCCACCUCCAUCUGCCGCAGCGACGUCACCCAGUGGCAGUCCACGGCCCAGCCCGAUCUGUUCCCCAGAAUUUUCGGGCACGAAGCUUCCGGAGUCGUUGAGAGUGUCGGUGAAGGAGUGACCGAGUUCAAAGUGGGAGACCACGUGCUCACCGUCUUCAUCGGAGAGUGCAUGAGCUGCAAGCACUGCGUUUCAGGGAAGAGCAACAUGUGCCAGAAGCUCGGCCUGGAGAGGAAGGGUGUCAUGCACAGCGAUCAGAGGACCCGCUUCUCGAUCAGGGGGAAACCCGUGUACCAUUACUGUGCAGUGUCAAGUUUCAGCGAGUACACGGUUGUGCAUUCCGGUUGUGCGGUGAAGGUCAGCCCAACCGUGCCGAUGGACAGGAUAUGCUUGUUGAGCUGUGGUGUAUCUGCGGGACUUGGUGCAGCAUGGAAGGUUGCUGAUAUCUCAGAGGGGUCGACUGUGGUUAUAUUUGGUCUUGGAACCGUAGGACUUUCUGUUGCUCAAGGUGCUAAGCUGCGCGGGGCUUCUAUAAUUAUAGGUGUUGAUACUAAUCCUGAAAAGCAAGCAAAGGGGAAAGCUUUUGGCAUCACAGAUUUUAUUAAUCCGGAAAACCUGAAUGAACCUGUUCAGCAGGUGGUGAAGCGGCUGACCAAUGGAGGUGCAGAUUACUCUUUUGAGUGCGUCGGUGAUACAGGAGUGGUGUCGACUGCACUGCAAUCAUGUUCUGAUGGAUGGGGACUGACUGUAACUCUUGGUGUACCAAAAGCAAAGCCAGAGGUUUCUGCUCAUUAUGCGCUACUUCUAUCUGGAAGAACAUUGAAGGGGUCUUUGUUUGGAGGAUGGAAACCAAAAUCUGAUCUUCCUUUGUUAGUGGACAAGUAUGCAAACAAGGAAAUCCAAGUUGAUGGCCUUGUGACACACGAUAUGCCAUUCAGUGACAUCAACAAGGCAUUUGAACUGAUGCUAGAAAACAGGUGUUUGCGAUGUGUGGUUCACAUGCCUCAGUGACAGGAUUGGACACUUAAGUGUCAUCAAAUUUUUACAUUUUUUUCCCUCAAAGAUCUGGUUACCCUGGCUAUACUAUAAGGAGGAAUCUAUACAUUUUUUUUACUUUAUCAGUCCUGACUCAAGUUUUCAUCAGCAAAUCGAAGUUAUAACAUCAUUAUGUGGUAGCUUUCCACCUUGGAAGUUUCGAUGUUGUCUAGAUCACAAACGUAUGCUCACGUGCUCCUCGAAUCUAAAUAUGUUCCUGUCCCAAGAAUUAUUAUUCAUGCUAUUUAUCUUGCUAAAUGAAUUUGUAAUGAUCCAUGUAUAUGCCAAGAUUUUUCCCCUUUCAGAGUUUCUUGGUUGAAAUGAAUCAUGGAGAACUGAAGGACAGCUAAAAGACAAUUAAGGUACUCACUUCUUAUCAUGGUUUU